AUGAGCAAAGCUUAUGAUCGGCUGGACUGGAAUUUUAUCAAGGCUGUUCUCCUGCGGUUUGGGUUUCACCAAUGGUGGGUCGAUUGGGUAAUGCAGUGUGUCAGCACGGUGUCAUAUGUCUUUCUGCUGAAUGAUGGUCCUCAAGGACAAGUCCUUCCAACCAGGAGAAUCAGGCAAGGAGACCCCUUAUCCCUUUCUUAUUUAUUCUUUGCAGCCAAGUGCUUUCAGGUCUCUGUGCUAAAGCUUAGGCAAAUGGGUCUCUCCAAGGAUACAAUGUUUUCUUGCAACACAAAUGAAGGAAACACUAAAGCUCUCUUAGACAUCCUGCAAAAGUAUGAAACUGCCUCUGGCCAAUCUAUUAACCGUGAGAAAUCCUCCAUCAGCUUGUCUCAGAAAACCCCUGCUGAGAUCAGAGAGAGGGUCAAAAGAAAUCUACAAAUCUCCAAGGAAGGUGGUGUUGGCAACUACUUAGGCCGAUGCAAGAAAGAUUUAUUCACCGGAAUCAUUGACGAAAUCAGACAAAAACCCUCAGCUGUUGGAGGACAUAAUCCUGAAGAUCAAACCCAGCCUACACGAUGUGGAGGACAACGGAUUUGGCUGAGAGAUAAGUCUGGAGUUUACUCCACGAAAUCUGGUUACUUUGCUGCCUUGGAAGAAUCAUCCCCAAGCCAGUUUGUAAAUCCUUUGGACUGGUCUUCCGACAUUUGCAAUAUCUCCUCUGCUCCCAAGGUCAAAACAUUCCUUUGGAAGGCUGCAAAUGGUGCUUUGCCGGUUGGUGUAGCCCUGGCAAAACGCAUUCCAAGUGUCUCUCCUGACUAUCGAAUAUGCCAAGCACCUGAAUCCUCGGAGCAUCUUCUGUUCCUUAGCCCUUUUGCUCAGAAGGUUUGGGAGCUCGUUCCUUUCCACCCGGAACCUUGGUCUUUGAAUUCUGAAGUUCUUGCGAGCAAAUGGAAAGAAGCCAGGAAGUCUUUAUGUCUGGGAUUUACGGCGCUCAACAAAGGAGCUCUGACCCAUGGAUUUGCUGGAACCUGUGGAAAGCUAGAAACAACUGAAUUAUAA